GCAACAACACUCAGGUAGAUGAUGCUGAUGGACUUCCAUGGGCUUGUUUCUCCCACGAAGACACGGCACUCGUAUGUUCCAGUGUCAUCAAUCGUCACAUCCUUCAGAAUCAAAGACACGUCUCCAUCCUUCAUCUGUCUGUCCUGCAGAUCCACCCGGUUCUUAAAAGAUGGAUGCUGGUUGCGUGGCUCAAAGUGCCCGUCCCGGUAUAAAAGCACAUAUUUUUCUCCCAGGUCAGCUCUGCUCCACUCAACAGCUAUGAGGUUGUUGUUUGGAAUUCGACAUGUCAGAGUGACGCUCUUCUGUCCUGCCUUAGCUGUGAUGACGACAACGCUGAAGCGAAUGAGAGUCAAGAGGAGGAGGAGCCUCAUUGUUCCUUUCAAACAGAUGAAGUAGAGUGAUGAUCAUGUCUGCAGAGCUCAGAGCUUUAAUAAAAAAACCUCUAUCGCAUUCGUCUGCGGGCCCAUGCUCCAACGUAGUCGUCUGCGGGCCCAUGCUCCAACGUGCUGAUCGACUCACCGUCGCCGCGGCGGAUCAUCUCGCGGUGGUGGAAACGGCCCUCGACUUUGUUCGUUCAAGGAAGAAACUGUAACCAUGAGUGGAAGGGGCAAGGGUGGCCGUAACGCCUAAGUUUUUCCCUUCCCUUCCGCUCUACAGCCCUUGUUUUCAAACAUGCCCCCCUAUGUACCUCUACCCUAUGCCUCUAAAUUUGGCAAUCUAUGGGUGAGGCUGAAAUAUGUUGGAAGUAACGAUCCACCUUCUCGUGAUUAUGUGGCGGAGGAACUCCUUUUCCAAUCUUCUUGGGUAAACCCGCAGGACAUCUACUCUUUCAUCUCUUUACCCAAUAGAAGAGAGUUCGAGUUGUGCUUCCUCCAAGAAGCCCCCUUACGACGGUUUUUGGAAAUUCAUCAUGCCAACUUAAAUCAUCCCAAGUGGAAGGAAUGGUCUGUAGAAUCUCCAGUGCAGCUAGAAGUCACAACAAUUGUGGUGAAGUUUUGGACAGGAAGAGUUCCAGACCAAGACAUUGAACUUUACCUACAAAGGUACUGUGAAGUCUUACAGCCUCCCGUUAAGCCGGUUGAUAAAUUCGGCUUAUGGUACGGAGUAAGGAAAUUCAAGGUACGAAUGCGGAGAGAUGAAUCAGGUCAUAUUGUUUCUAUCCCUAACUCCAUCUCUCUGGGCCCUUUUAAUGGGCGUAUCAUAUAUCCUGGACAGGCAAACAGAUGUUUCAUCUGCCAAGCACUAGACCAUCAGGCAAGAGACUGCCCUACCUUUAAGUGCUGGAAAUGCGGGGAGUUGGGUCAUAAAGCUAAAGAAUGCCAAAAUGACAGCGUGUGUUCUCUGUGCAGACUGAAGGGUCACACCUUCUUUAAAUGUCCCAAAUCCUUUGCAAACAUAACUAAAGCCCCCCAGCAGCCCUCCACGAGUGCUCUUUGUACAACCUUUCCAUCCACCUCAGCGCUGCCAGUAGCAGCAAAUCCAACCUCGCUACAAGAAACGCUCUCAUAUGGAAAUGUGUCCUUAACAAAUCCAUUGGCUGUCCCUGAAGCUGUUUCAGGACAAGAAUCAGGCAACCGUAUCUCGACAAAUCUUCAGGGAGUAACAGAGCUGCAGACAAACGAUAACAUCUUAGAGGAGGAUUUGACGCCCUUAAGACAACUUAAAGAAAUAACAGCAAAAAGUAAAGAAGAAUCGGAAGACCAACCCUUCUCAGAACCUUCUGAGGUGGAAUAUGAGAGCGAUGACGAUGACGAGCGAAGGGAAAGCGAGGAAGAAAAUUCAUCAGAAAGCUACCUAAGUGCAAGUGAUAGUGAAGAAUCACCCAUUUCGACUCCUGUGGAGAUUUCUCCUACGGAUAUCCCAGCAAGACGAGACGAAGCGGAUACACAAACAGGGAUUUUUCUAAACAAACAGCAUCCCGCAAUGGAGGAAUUGGUUAACGAAACAACGAAAGGAGGUAGGAAAAGAAGUGUCUCGACGACGUCUUAUAGCAGAGACAAGAGAAAAGACGAUCGAUCCAGCCCUCCGCAAGAAACAGAUCAGAAGUUUCUGGCACCACUUCAGGUCCUUUCUUGGAGACGAGCAUAAGAUGGUCAUAACAAUAAUGUUCUUUGCUUCAGGAUUCUGUGUGUUGAUUUCACCCACUGCCUAUUCUUUAAUAAGUCAUUUUUAAUAAUAUCGUUGAAAACAACUCCAACUUUAAGAAAGAGGUAAGUUUAGUUUUAUAGAGAGAGAGAUUCUCUCUGUCAGGUGAAUAUCUGCAAAUAUACAAACACAUUAAAUCUGAGUCUGUAGAUGACAGUCAGCAAUGCAGCCCCAUUUAAAAACAUUAAGAAAAAAUUAAAGUGUGAAUCAGCGACUGCUGCUGUCUGAACUUUUAAUGUGACUCUUUCCUUACUUGUGUAAAAUAUCUGAAUGAUCAGUCAUUACUGCUUUUCUUGAAACCUCAACACAGAAAAAGAAUAAAA